GGGUUUCAGGUCUGAUGACGUGUUUUCCUUCCAGGUGCCGGGAGGUUUUUUUGGCGAUGGAGCCUGGCAUGAAGGAGGAGACCUUUUCGGAAGUCCUGAGCUCCCUGUCCCUCUCGGAACAGCGCGAGGGUCCCGACGGGGGGGCGGACGGCCAUGCCGCCACCCCCCCUGACGCCCCAGAACAGGAUGAGGACAGUUUCUUUGACUGCCCGGAGGUGCUGGAGGAGGAGUCUGCAUCGCGCAGAGGAGGCCCAGGAGGAGACGAGGGGGAGGGGGAGCGGGGACACGGGGACGGGAGGGACGGCCCAGAAGAUGGAGAGAGGGAGGAGGGAGGAAGUGAGGGAGAGGAAUGGGAGGACCUGGGCGCGGCCUGUGGGGUCCAGGGGGAGGAAUGGACGGAGUGCGGAGAACAGAACGCUGGAGGAGGAGGAGAGGAGAGCCGGGCGGAGUUCAGAGAGGAGGGAGAGGAGGAGCUCGCAGAACAUGGGAAAGACGAUAGCGAUUCUGAGCUGAAGGAGGAGGCGCCGGUCGAGUUUGAUGAGGAGUACCUGCGGGAGCUGGAGAAAGACUUGUCUGAGGAGGAGAAAGAGAGUCGGAGGCAGGAGAGCUUGCUGCUGAAGGAGACGGGGAACGGACAGUUCAAGAAAGGAGAGCACACAGAAGCAGAGGCAUCUUACACUGCAGCCUUGGGGGUGUGUCCUGUGUGCUACAGCAAGGAGAGGUCCAUCCUGUUCUCCAAUCGCGCGGCAGCACGCGUCCACCUGGAUCAGAAGGAGAAAGCCAUCGCCGACUGCACCAAAGCGAUCGAGCUGAACCCCGACUACGUCCGCGCCAUCCUGAGGAGGGCGGAGCUCUACGAGAAGACGGACAAGCUGGACGAGGCUCUGGAGGACUACAAGAGCAUUUUGGAGAAGGACCCGGGCGUCCACCAGGCCAGGGAGGCCUGCAUGCGCCUGCCCAGGCAGAUCCAGGAGCGGAAUGAGAAGCUGAAGGAGGAGAUGCUGGGGAAGCUGAAGGACCUGGGCAACAUGUUCCUGCGACCGUUCGGGCUCUCCACCUCAAACUUCCAGGUCAACCAGGACACCAGCAGCGGGUCCUACUCCGUCAACUUCGUCCAGGGCCCCAACAACAACAACAGGUAGCCCAGGUUUCUGUCGCCGCGGCAACGCCGUCGCCCCUCCCACCAGGCCGAAGACUGACAGAGAAGCUGGUCUCUCAUCCCUGCGGAUCCAAAAUGGAAUCCAGAAACUGACAUUGUCUGCAGACGAGGGCUGUUAUGGGGGGGGGGGAGGCGGCGGGUGGGUGUGGU